AAUUCCAAAGUUAAAUCAAAAUUAAAAAUUAGAAUUAAUGAGGAAGACGAAGGCGAAGCUUUGUUGUUGAUCAAUGGCGUUUUACAGAUCCUUCAGAAAGCUAGUUGAAAUCAAUCACCGGAAAACAAGACCGUUCUUCACCGCCGCAACCGCUUCAUCACCUUCCGGCGGAACCGUCUCUCUGAUCCCACCGCAGUUUUCGCCGUUGUUCCCACACUUCUCACACCGAUUGUCUCCGAUUUCGAAAUGGUUCGUUCCUCUUCAUGGACCUCUCUUCUUGUCUUCUCCUCCUUGGAAACUGCUUCAGUCUGCCACACCUCUGCAUUGGCGCGGAAACGGCGCUGUUUUGAAGAAGGUCGAAGCUCUGAAUCUUGGAUUGGAUCGAAUUAGAAGAAGAACUAGGUUUCCGAGACAUUUAGGGUUACAGACUGUGGUGCCAACGGUGGAUCGUGACGACUCGAAGGAGGAGAAUGGUGGGGUAAUCACGAGUUUUGUUAAUGUGCCGAAUUUGAUAUCUAUGGCGAGAUUAGUAUCUGGUCCUGCGCUUUGGUGGAUGAUCUCGAAUGAGAUGUAUUCUCCUGCUUUCGUAGGUUUAGCUGUUUCUGGAGCUAGUGAUUGGUUAGAUGGUUACAUGGCUAGGAGGAUGAAGAUUAAUUCUGUGGUUGGCUCGUACCUUGAUCCUCUUGCAGACAAGGUUCUUAUUGGGUGUGUCGCAGUAGCAAUGGUGCAGAAGGAUCUCUUACAUCCUGGACUGGUAGGAAUUGUGUUGUUACGGGAUGUUGCACUCGUCGGUGGUGCAGUUUACCUAAGGGCACUAAACUUGGACUGGAAGUGGAAGAGUUGGAGUGAUUUCUUCAACCUCGAUGGUUCAAGCGCUCAGAAAGUAGAACCAUUGUUUAUAAGCAAGGUGAAUACAGUUUUCCAGUUGGCUCUAGUCGCUGGUGCACUACUUCAACCCGAGUUUGGGAAUCCAGAUACCCAGACAUGGAUCACUUAUCUAAGCUGGUUAGUUGCUUCAACAACUAUGACUUCAACUGCAGCUUAUGGUGUACAAUACUGGAAGAAGAGACCUAUCUCGAUGAUUAAGAGAUCAUAGUUUCCAACGGUUUAUAAACUCACAUGCCGGCUACAUACAGAAAGAAGCUUGAACAUGUCUUGUUGUUUUCCGGAGUACGCAGCUCUCGCUGUUUUCUCUGCUAACUUCAAUAUAGAAAAAGAGAGUAGUUGUUUACAAAGAAGCCUGUGAACUAUCAAAAAACUAUGUCCUGACUUUUGUCUUGUACAAAAGAAAGAGGGGUUCGGUUUGUUUUCUAUCCGAGCUACUGGUAAAGUUUUUUCUGAAAAUGGGUGAUCUAAGAAAGUUGAACUUUGUAAAUAAA